UCAUUAGAAAAAUGCGAACUUUCCGGUUGUCAUUUAAGACUUGCUUUGCGCAGAAGUCAUAUGCGCUGCUCAUCUGUGCACUCUUUGGUCCAACCCCUUCAAUAAGAUAAAACCAAUGGAGAGAAUCGCUUUCACAGACAUGCCCCAUUUGUCACAUAUUCUGAGCAUCUUUUUCAUUUCAGCAGUGCGAUUCCGAUCAUCACCCAGAAAUUGAGGUGAAACUCAGACAAUUCUCGAAAGAAGAUGUGUUGCGGAGAUGGCGAUUGUAGGCCGCUCGGCUUCUUGCUCGGCUUGCCUUUUGCUUUCCUUUCUCUCAUCCUUUCCAUCAUCGGCGUAAUCAUCUGGAUUGUGGGAUUGACGCUUACUUGCAUAUGUCCUUGUUGUUUGUGCUUGACGGUGAUAGUGGAGCUUGCGCUGGGGCUGAUCAAAGCCCCAAUUCAUGUCAUGGAGUGGUUCACUUCCCAGAUUCCUUGUUGAUCGUUCAUAUUUCUCUAACAGGAAAGUUGGAGAAGUCUUAUAGUAUGUAAUCACCUUGUUUGUGUAAAAUUUGCAUUUGAUAUGAAUAUGUAGCUCUGUGAUUCCCAUCGCUGAGUGAUUCAGAUGGUCUUUUUAUGAUUUUUUGUUCUUAGCUUCACUGAAUUAGGCUUCCAUUGAUUGUUUAUUUCAUCAAUAAUCAAUAUAGAAUCGAAGUUUUCUC